AUGCCCCUGCAGGACUUGAGGGACCACCUGGCUAAGUCACUGAUACGGGAAACUCCAUGGCUCCAUGUGGUUAUGGUCAGGAAUGCAGGAGGUGCAACCUCUAACCUGAACAUGAACCUUUAUGCCACCAAGAAGACAGCAGCUGAAGGUAUGCUGGACAUCGCUCUGUUCCUGGCAAACAUCACACACAUGAAGACUGUCAUCGAACAGGGAGCUGGAUACAGGUACUACGCUGCUGUUCUGACGCUCAUUUCCUUCUCCCUGGCUCUUCAGAUAGUAGCUGGAGUCCUGAUCAUCAUAAUCGGCCGUCGAGACCUGAACAACUCGGCUCUGCAGAAGCGUCUGGACUACCUGAACAACGUAACAACCAUCAUAGUCUUCGUCACCACAGGCCUCAACUUCUUCAUUAGCACCUUCGGCAUGCAGCGCACCGGAUACUUCCCGUGGCUCAUGAUGCGCAUUCACUGA